AAGAGGAAGAAAAUAAAAGUUAGAAACAAUGUUGGCAGCUACAAUCCCUACAGAUGAGCAUGUUCACUCCACUUUUGCUUCUAGAUAUACACGCAGCCCUGUUCCCCGGUUCCGUAUGCCGGAACGGACGAUGCCGAAGGAUGCGGCUUACCAAGUAAUUCACGAUGAGCUUAUGCUGGAUGGAAACCCGAGGUUGAACUUGGCUUCAUUCGUUACGACAUGGAUGGAACCCGAGUGUGAUAACCUUAUCAUGGCUGCCAUCAAUAAGAACUAUGUUGACAUGGAUGAAUACCCUGUCACCACCGAACUCCAGAAUCGAUGUGUAAACAUGAUUGCGAACCUGUUUCAUGCACCGGUUGGGGAAGAAGAGACGGCUGUAGGUGUGGGGACGGUCGGUUCCUCCGAGGCUAUAAUGCUGGCGGGAUUAGCUUUUAAAAGAAGGUGGCAACAUAAGAUGAGAACGGAGGGAAAAUCGACCGAGAAACCCAACAUAGUCACGGGAGCUAAUGUCCAGGUUUGCUGGGAGAAGUUUGCAAGGUAUUUUGAGGUAGAGCUGAAGGAAGUAAAGUUGAAAGAGGGAUAUUACAUUAUGGACCCAGUAGAAGCAGUGGAACUAGUGGAUGAGAACACCAUAUGUGUAGCAGCUAUCCUCGGAUCGACGCUGACCGGAGAGUUCGAGGACGUGAAGACGUUGAACGACCUCCUUAUGAAGAAAAACGAGGAGACCGGUUGGAACACCCCGAUCCAUGUAGACGCUGCUAGCGGAGGAUUCAUCGCUCCUUUCCUUUACCCGGAUCUCGAAUGGGAUUUCCGGCUGCCGUUAGUUAAAAGCAUCAAUGUUAGCGGACACAAAUACGGGCUCGUAUAUGCUGGCGUUGGUUGGAUUAUUUGGAGGAACAAAGAGGAUUUGCCAGAUGAUCUUGUCUUCCAUAUUAACUACCUCGGAUCUGAUCAACCAACUUUCACCCUCAACUUCUCCAAAGGCUCAAGUCAAAUUAUUGCUCAGUAUUAUCAGUUUCUACGCCUUGGUUUUGAGGGGUACAAGAACAUAAUUGAGAACUGCAUGGAGAACAUGAAAGUGCUUAAACAAGGAAUAGAGAACACUGGGCGGUUCAACAUCGUGUCCAAGGACAUAGGAGUUCCGCUGGUGGCUUUUAGUCUAAAAGGUACCAGCAAACAUACGGUGUUCGAGGUCGCUGAGAACUUACGGAGGUUCGGAUGGAUCCUUCCGGCCUAUACGAUGCCUGCAAACGCGCAACACAUCGCAGUGUUGCGUGCCGUGAUCCGCGAGGAUUUCAGCCACGGCCUUGCGAAAAGGCUCGUGGAACACAUCGAGCUGGUCCUAAAGGAAAUGGACGCCCUUCCGGGUCGCAUCCUUCCGCAUAAGAAGACGGAGAGGGAAACUCAGGAGGAGGUGUUUAGGUACUGGAAGCGGCUUGUUGAUCGCAAGAGAUCUGGUGUCUGUUGAUUUAUCAUCACGGUUUUACCAGGACGAGGGUCCUUCGUCCAGAUUUUGGCUUACCUAAUGAUUUAUAUCUUAUUAUCGUUUUAAAUAAACAUUUCAUUUACGUUAUAUGUAUGCUUUUUUUUUUCAGGCCUUGAUGCUUAAAUUGGAGUGUAAGAUCAUCACUCUAUAU